GACGAGCGCGAAGAGGGGGGAGGGGCAGACCUGUCAGACGGUCGGUCGCGCGGCCGCAAAAAGCUCAUGCAGACGCCGCCGGACGGCGAACGUGCGCGUGUGACGGUCAAUUUUUUUUUCUCCCUCGCACGCGCGCGCGCGCGCGGGGCGGCCCGCGAUGUCCAAGAAGCUGUCGCGACACGAUGCCCUCGACGACAUCUCCACCUGGAACACGGAGGGAGUGCUGUGCCUGCUGCGCAAGAACGGGUUGGAGGAAUGUUGCAAGGCAGUGGCGAAACGGCAGAUCGACGGCGAUGAGUUGCUGCACUUGACGGAUGGGAAGCUGGCUCUCUGGAGGAGUGACCUCACGCGUCCACUGACAGGAAAAUUAUGGGCAUUUGUGCAAGAACUGAAUAAGUCCCCAGAAAAAUAUCUGCCGGCCAGGAUUGUAGAAGUGCAACAAAAUGAUGAUCACUUGAGCGAUGGUGGUUCUUGGGGAACCGAUUUCGAGGAUGAAACGGCCGAGGAAAAUAACUCCACCGAAGAUAUGCAGGAAAUCAUAAAACCAAGUCUGAUUAAGAACAAGCAAGCGUCUUUGCAGAAUAAUAGAAUAUCGAUUAGCAGAACGCCGACGCGACCACCGUCGAAGAAAAUAAUAAAACCGGAGGAGGAAGAGACUUAUGCUAAUUGUCAAUCUGCUCAGAACGAAGAGGAGAAUAUGUACGCGAAUUUUCAAGAGACUAAACCACCACCGACAAGAAACAUCUCGAGGCUACACAGUGAAUUGGAAAAGAUGACUCUAGCCGAAAAACUGAAGUUGGAGUUGGAGGAGUUAAAGCGGAGGAAUGAUCCGACAAAGAAACCUGAGAUCAGGCCAAAACCAGAAACUUUGCCGUUGAAAAGAAUCCCGAUGACGGCUUCCGAUAAGAAAUCUCCGCAGAAAUCUUUUCUGCACAACGCGCCAAAGACGCACGAGCGCGUUUCUAAUGAACAAAGCAAAACCCAAAGAAGGAUGGGCGUGCCGCCGCCGCCGGAACCUAAGAGAAACAAGGACUACACAUCUAUGGAGGUCAAGAAAGAAGCCGACAAAGAGUUAUCGAAACCACCGGUUAUCUUAAGAAAUUUCGAUCUCGUGGCAAAUUUGCCGGCGCAAACGGAGGAGAGUGAGGACGAGUACGAGCCGCUCGACGAUAACAUUAUCGAGCACGUGCAGCAGCAAAACGAGAUCUCGCGAGUUGAUAGCAAGCAAUCGUUACACAGCGGUCGCCAAGGAUCAGUCGAGAGUGUUUACAAGCCACCCAGCGCUGCGAGUCACGAGGAGGAGGAGGAUUACGAAAUUUACGAAUCUAUUACGGAAGCGCCGGAGGAUAAUGAUUACCUGAGCCCUAUUCAAAGGCAUGCAAAUGAUGCACAAGAGCCACCUCCUUUACCCGCCAAACCAUCGCCGCCCCCACCGCCUUCGACUCUUCCCAGUAGAACUAGCUCGAAACACAAAGAGCGAUCACCGGAUAAGAAAUCAGCCACAUUACCUCAUGCUGGCAGCAAUACUUCACUGUCAACCGAGAGAGCCACGCGGCCGUUGCCACCGCCACCCGAGAGGCAAUCUUACGUGGACAAGCCCUGGUAUCAUAAUAUCACGAGAGAACAAGCAAUUAUUCUUAUCAAAGAACAAGGUUCUUACAGUAAUCCGCAAGACGGAUAUUUUCUUAUGAGACCGUCGACGACAAAUCCCAGCAAUCCUUUAAUUUUGGUUCUUUGGUUCAAGGACAGGGUUUUCAAUGUUCCGGUCAGGAAGAGAAAUGACAACAGGUACGCGUUGGGCUCCCCGAAAGUGAAGGAGCUGUCUUUCUCGACGGUGGAAGAAAUCGUGACAUAUCAUAUGAAGGAGGAACUGGAACUCCACAGCAACGGCGUACCGGUCGGAAGUACGAGAUUGACUGAUACUCCACCAAAGUGAUUUUUUAGUUCGCUACAUUCGAGCCUAUUUUAUGCGGGAAGGAAGAAUCUUUGUUGAUAAUCUCGCUGUAUAUAAGGGCAUAUAAACACUGCCGAGCAAACAUUUUUUGCUCUAAACAUUGUGAGAGCAUGAAGAACACAAUUAGGCCGACGAACAAGGAUUUAAGCGGUGCCUUUAUAUAUUGAGAAUAGAUGCGUGAAUUAAUCAAUUGCGUAAUCGUGUCGCACACGAGACAUUAUUAUUUUACUACUAUUCCAAUGGCAAGUUCUGAUUCGAUUUGUUCGUCUAAGAUUUAUCUCGACAAUUAUGCGUGCCUUCGAUAAAGUGACGUAAGCGAACUCGAUUAUGAAGCAACGGAUCUCUAUUGCGGUAAAGAUACAUAUAUUUUUAAUAUAUAUAUAUAUAUCUCAGUUUCUUAUGAAUUGGAUAUAUUUAUGUGCUUAAGAGAAUAGAUAUUUUGUAGGAUAAUUUUUUUUAGUCCUUCAUCGAGCGGGGAAGUAAUAUUGUAUCGUUACUUUUUUAUCAGUAUUGUUAUAUUUUUAUCCGUGCACAUCGGUCACACGUUUGAUCUGUGCCGACUGAUGAUUGAUCACACAUGUACGUACAUGCUAUAUCUUAGCUUUCGAGGGACCGAUGCGAUGAUGUGUACGAAGACUUUAUUAAAUCUUUCUUAGAAACUGU